UCUGCACCUUAUCCUUCUCGGCAACUCCUUGUCUGCAAGGCGCUGUGUCAUCUUCUUCGGAAUCGGACCCUGAAGGGGUCUCUCUCUCUAUCUCUCUCGUAUUGGGUGUUCUAUUGGCGACUGAAAAUGGCGGUCUCUUCUACUCCGUGUCUCCGUCAUCGAAGUUUGAUUGCUAACAAUUUUCGGUCUACAUUUUUGGGAGAGAAAAAUGGAUUCACCAUUUCUACAAUGCCUGUAAGUCAUACUGGUUUCUUGAGGAAGACUAUAGAAUGCAAGGAAUCACGAAUUGGCAAGCAACCAAUUCAAGUGCCAUCCAAUGUAAACAUCACAUUGCAGGGUCAGGAUUUGAAAGUUAAGGGUCCUUUGGGAGAACUCUCAAUUCUUUAUCCACGAGAAGUGAAGAUUGAGAGGGAAGAUUCUGGGAUCCUUAGGGUUAAGAAGGCACUGGAGACAAGAAGAGCCAACCAAAUGCAUGGCCUUUUCAGGACCCUUACGGACAAUAUGGUGGUAGGAGUGUCAAAGGGGUUUGAAAAGAAACUUCAAUUGGUCGGUGUUGGUUAUCGAGCGAUGCUAGAAGGAAAAGACUUGGUAUUAAAUCUUGGGUUCUCUCAUCCUGUUAGAAUGGCCAUUCCUGAAGGACUUCAAGUAAAGGUGGAAGAAAACACCAGAAUUACAGUCAGUGGAUAUGAUAAAUGUGCCAUUGGUCAGUUUGCUGCUUCCAUUAGACAAUGGAGGCCCCCAGAACCGUAUAAGGGUAAAGGAGUGAAAUAUGCUGAUGAAAUUGUUAGAAGAAAGGAGGGGAAAGCAGGGAAGAAGAAGUGAUGGUUCAUAAUGCAUUGUUGGUUUUUCUCUGUUUUUGAAACAUUUGCUUGUUUCUUUUAGUAUCAGAAAGGAUUAUUGGCAACAUACUUUAUGAGAGUUCUUUUUUUACCUC